AUGUCAUCAAAAAUUACUCAGGUCUUUCGUAGGACCGUUUUCCCAACUCACUUCGUUGCUCCUCGAGUUCAAUGCCUUCAAUCACCGAGACCUUAUUUGCCACUUUCAAGAACUCUAAAGUCUUGGCAGGAUUUAUUCCAGGAAAUAAAUCAAGUAAUUAAGGAUUUAAGACAGAAAAAUGACGAUAUAAACCAGCAAAAUAAACUUUUGAGAAACAAAUUAGAAGAAUUAUAUAAAUAUCGGUAUCACGACUUGGUAUUACAUCAAGAUCGUAAUUACGACGUGCCUAAAGAUCCAAGAAAAUGGACGGUUAAUAGUGCUAUUCAGAAUAAAUUUCGUAAUGAUGUAUAUUUUGUUGAUCUAGAGGAGACGAACGUUCCAUUUCUUGAUAAGAUUCUGAGUGGAGAAUUUGUGGCUUUAUAUGGUGCAAGGGCCUCCGGAAAAUCUACACGGGUGUUUCAAGCUAUGGAAAAGUUGAAAAGCCAAGGCAUUGUUUGCAUUUAUGUAACUUUUGAGCAUUUUAACAUGGAAAAUAAAGACAGAUUCUGGUUGUCAAUGGGUACCGCACUUAACAUUAAUGCACCCAAAUACUUCGGAAAUGGUGAUGUCAAAUCUUCUGAUGAUUUUUUGCGAAAAUUUCAGAAAGCACAAUGGAAUGAUAAACAUGUUGUUCUCUUCAUUGAUGAGAUCGAUGCAUUGCUUGGAGCACAUGAUGAUAUUAAAUCCUCAUUCCUUGGAGUAAUUCGUGCCAUUAAAAACACAAAGGAAAAUUAUGCUCUCUUGUCUUCGGUAGCCAUCGGUCCCUUUAGUAUUUUACAUCUGAGUUCAGACAGAAUAACCACGUCUCCAUUCAACAUUAAGGAUCCAUUUAGAAACCCAGAUUUCACGCUGGAACAAGUGCAGACCGUAUAUAAGGAGUUUGAGGAUGACUUCAAUUUGACCAUUGAUCCGGAGAUCAUUGAGGAUAUCUACAAUCGGACAAAUGGGCAUGCUUCUCUUGUCUGCCUUUGCGGAAAAGCUAUCCAUUCAUAUUUAAUGCCAAAACUCGAUGAAAACAGAAGGCUUGGCUUCUCAACCUGGUUAAACUUUGUUAUCAGUUAUAUGCAAGAUACGAUAUUUGAUUAUAACACCUUCAGAAAGAUGGUUACUACACUUAAAAAGAAAGAAACCAGGCCUGCUAUAGAACUUCUUCGAUCUGUUUUCCUAGGAUUUUUCGAUUUUGUGCAAAUCAAUGACCCUGAAGAAAAAAGACUAGCAGAAUUCUUGACAGCUGAGGGGGUGCUAAUGAGGGAUGAAAUGAAAAAGAAUAAUUUUAGAAUGUCAUCUAUUUUUACAGAUGAUCUGAUUCGGCAACAAAUUUUGCAGACGGCCAUACAGUUUUUUGAUAAGGGCAUGAUUUCUAAUGGAUUCAUUAGGUCAUUUAAAAGUUCAGGUGAGUUGCGUGUAGAUGGUGAAAAAAAGAAACGUGUUCCCCAAGAAAGAGUUUACGACUCAGAGCUAAAUAGGGUCCUAGUUAACUGGCUCGUCAGAAAUAAUGGCUUGGAGGUCACUGGACAGUGGCAUAUGGUAGAACAUCAUGCCAACAAAGAUAAAUAUAUUGACACAUAUAGUGAUAUAGUAAUUACAGCGAAAUAUCAAAGAAUUGUUCUCGAACUUUUAGCUACUGCAACAAGAAGGGACCUCAAUGAACACUUUAAAAUGGUGCUUGAGUAUGCUGAAAAAUUAUCUGCGGACGAUAUUUGGAUAGUACAUUUUACGUGUGAAGAUCGUUAUGCAACUCAUGAGGAUGUUCAUUGGCCAUCUGAUGAUAGAAUUAAUGUUAUACACUGCUUUCACAACCAGAUAUUUGAAAAUGUACUAAUGAAUGUCCGAUAUGUAGAUAGCUCUGGUACAAUUAAAUAUAUUAGAGAUGAGGCCAUACCUUUACAAUCUUAA